AUGAACGGAACAACUAACGUGCCCGGUGGUUUAGUUAUAUCGGCGGCUAAGCCUACAGUUUCGGUCAGUAAUGGAGCUGUGGAAAGUGAAACUAUAGCUAGUAUUAUUGCACGGGAAGAAGAAUCAAGUGCUGCUGCAAUCACCCUUCAUCAAGCGGCACAACAAGGGAAUUUACAUGCGAUACAACAUUUAAUUGAGAGUGGCCAGGCAAAGGCCACAGAUCGAGAUGCUUCGGAUGUUACAGCUUUACAUUGGGCAGCUAUCAAUAAUUAUGUAUUAGUAGCAAAAUAUUUGAUUGAUCAUGGUGCAGAAGUUGAUGCAUUCGGUGGUGACUUGGUUGCAACACCUCUACAUUGGGCCUCAAGGAGUGGUCAUCUUCCUAUUGUGACAUUAUUAAUUAACCAUGGUGCUAAUCCAAAUCUUCGGGAUUCACAAGGUUUCAACGGCCUCCACCUCGCCACACAUUCCUCCAAUACAAUGCUUGUAUUAUAUUUAUUGUUUCAAGAUAUGGACAUUGAUACACCCGACGCACUUCAACAUACGCCUUUAAUGUGGGCUGCAUAUCAGGGAGAUCCAAUGACCGUGGAUUUAUUACUUCGGUUUGGUGCGUCAGUUGAUAAGCGUGAUAAUGCACAAUUCACGCCGUUGCAUUGGGCGGUUGUGAAGGGAAAUAAUAUGUGUCUAAGAAAGUUGAUAGAAGCCGGUGCAGACACAAGCGCAAAAGAAGAGAAUGGGAAAACCCCUGCCGACAUGGCUCGAGAGUCGAAAGCAAUGAGAGUGUGGGAACGGGCGUUGAAAGAAACCGGAAGAAGAAAGGAUGGUAAAAUCAAUCCAUAUUUAUUUGACCAG